UGCCACUCCAGUCCUCACACUAGGUACUACCUGCAUACCUGAUAUUGACAGCAGCACGAGAGCCACGACACCAAUAACGGAACAGAGAAGCCCACCCACCAUAUAAAGCAACACAACCACCAUGUCGUCCGACUCACUCGCCGUCUUCCGAAAAGGCUUCGGACCUGACCUCAACGAGCUCGCAGAAAAGCACAUGCAACACGAUCUCACCUCCUCCGACCGCGACGCCCUCAAAAACGCCGCCUCCACCGUCUCCCUCCACGCCACGCUCGGAUCCGCCCUCGGCAUCGCCCUCAGCGUACUCCUGGCCUACCGCAUCCGCAGUGGUCGCAAAGCAAUGUUCCGCACAUUCCGCACCGCAGAGAAACCCUCGGCCGUGCGUUUCGCCGACGGAAGAGAGGAGGUGUUGCCGGAUUUGACGCCGUUGCUGCGGCCCAGUCGCGCGGGCGAUGUGGCGACGUUUGGCUUCUUGGGGCUGGGAGGGCUAUUUGUGGGGGGCGAGUUGGGCUUGUUGUCGGGGAGUUUGCAGGCGAGAAGGUCGAUUAAUCAGGAUGGCGAGAGUCGGGAGAGGAUUCGGAAUGCGUUUUUGAGGUUUCAGGCGGAUGCGUUGCGGAAAGAGGCGGAGGCGUUGGAGAAGAAUGUGACGAGUGGGGGAAUGGGUGGGAUCUGGAAAUGAAUUGAUGAAGGACAAGAUGCUGAAGGGGGUUGAUGUUGAGGGGGAGGAGGAGGUGGAGGUGGAGGUGGAGGAGGAGUAGGAGGAGUAGGAGGAGGAGGAGGAGGAGGAGGAGGAGGAGGAGAAGGAGAAGGAGAAGGAGAAGGAGGGAAUGGGUGAUAUGUCCUGCUCACCAGUUCAGGCAUAUGUGUCACGUAAGAUGGGUUCCUGAGAUAUUUGGAGAUUCGAAGAACCUUGGCUCCAGCGUCUAUCUAUUGAGUCGAUCAGCCGCUCGCAAUCACCACUUAGCACCAUAGAUGACAGAAUAUAGUCCACCUAAAA